UUUUUUUUAGAAAGGAGAGAGAGCACUGAUACCAUCGCUCCUUGCACAAUAUGUAACUAAAUAUUUUGAACUUGGCGGCGUAUCGAAUCUGACUCGUUCCAGUGAACACAAACUAACACUUGUAGGAACAAAAGAGCUUGGUGAAUCAGCUCAUUCGCUUGUUUGGAGAGGUAAAUAUAAUGAUAAACACGAUGUUGCUGUGAAAUUAUUUUGGGAUGAACAUUCGAUGAACAAGGAAAUGAAGAUUUAUAAGGUUUUAAAUGCAGACGAUCCCAAAAUUGAAGAUAAUCAAAUACCCAGAGUUUAUUUUAAUGGAAAAAUCUUUGGAAAACACUAUGCAAUUGCAUUGUCUUUGUUUGAAGGCACAUUGGGCGACUAUUAUGCUGAGGACAAUCCGAAAAAAAGUCGUUUAUCGGAUGUAGACAUUUUAUACGUUUUUUUGCAAGCGGUCAAAGGAUUAAAAUAUCUUAGCUCCAAAAAUGUUGUGCACAAUGACAUUAAGCCUAAUAAUUUAUUCUACCGGGGUCGAGAGGUAUUCGUUGGAGAUUUUGAUCAAUCUUCAUUGAAUGGCGAGAAAAGUUUGGGAAAUACACCGUUAUUUGCGUCUGCAAAUUAUUUUGCGAAUAAGACUCGACAUCCGAGAGACGAUCUUGAGUCGCUUGUCUAUACCAUCUGGUUUCUUGCCGGCGUACCGAUGGAAAUGAUCAAGGAUGAAAAGUCACCAAUUCCAGCGUUCAUACGUAUAUCCGAAGGGCGAGCGUUGUUCGAAAACCUGAAGAAAGGGAAGACCAAUGCUAGACAAAAAAUUAUGAAAAAAUGUAAAUAUUUAAAAAAUAAAUAUGUUCGAGGUGUAUUUGAGGAUAUUUGGGACAGUGAAUUAUUGGCUCCAAGUGAUCAAACAGUUCCCCACUACGAUGGCAUCAUUGUCAUAAUAAUUGAUGCGAUCAACAGUAUCAGUAAAAAUAAACACGCAAUACAAGGUGAUUGGUUUUCAGAUGGUUGUUGUGCCGUCUUAUCAUUUUGCUCAUAAUGAAGACAAAUCUUAUUUUUCUUACCAAUUAAAUAAUAUCAAAAUAAAAUUUGAGUUCAAAACACCAAACGAAAAACAAUAA